ACAAAACCCACACAUGCACGGGGAGAACAUGCAAAUUGAAGAUUCGAAGAUUCAAACCCGAUCUUCCCGAUCUCCCGACUGUGUGGCCAACAUGCUAACCACUAGGCCACCGUGCAGCCCGAAACGAGAAAUAUCGUCAAUAAUCUGGAGUAAACGAGGCCGUUAAACAGUUCAAAGUGUCAUGCUUAGGUCAUGCAUGCAAAGUUAUAAACCAUUUCAAAAUACACCAGCAUUGUUUUGCGACUCACUAAAGCCAGUCUUUCUUAGAAGUAAUGUUAAAGUAUCUUCUUAUCUCGUUCUUGUGGACCCAACAACGUGUAUCAUCUCGUCCCAUGAGCUGAGUGUAUCGUGCCGACCCUAGUAGGCAGUGUAAAAGUGUAUUCCUUGUCUGACUUCAGUGUUGGUGCAUGAUGAGGACACAAGGGUGUCACUUCAUGUUGACAGACUACCUCUCCGCUGGGAUGUUUUCACCUGGUGUGUGUUUGUGUGUCUGUGUGAUAAUUCAUAAUUCUAUCCUUUAUAGAGUCUAUCCUCUCUGCUGCCAUAGAAGAUGACAUAUGCUGGCUUUUUUCUGUUUUUGGGCAAUUUUUCUCUGUGUUGCUCUUCCUCCCCGAGUCUUAGCUUAGAUCUCUAUCAGCCAUGAUUCAUCUGAUACACAAUCUCACUCCAUCUCUGCUCUGCUCCGCUCCAACACACAUGCAGACACACACUCACACAAGCAUACACACAGCACUCCCGCAAGCUCCACUUUCAGUCCCAUAUCUAAUCAUUUAUACAUCCACAUUCUACACCGUGUGCAUCUUCCUCCUCGUUAUAUGGUUUCACCGUGACUUUUCUUUUCUGUUAUUUUAUUGUCUUUGUAUCGCCCCAUGUCACUGUUGCUCAUUAACUUAAAAUGAUUAAUAAUGUAUUAUUACACAGGACAAAUGUACUGCAUGCCAGCACUCCCAAAUAAGUGCACAGUGUCUAAUGACAUCCAAUAAUAAUAACUGGUGGUGUGGUCAGAUGUUACAGUAAUGUGGUUAUAGCAAUAUAUGAAAAGCACAAUAUCACGCCACAGACGAGAGAUGAAUAGCGUGGCGUGUCGGAUGAGUGUGGGUGACAUGUGCAGUGUGUUUUUACCACGUCCAACGGGAAUGGCAACAAAAUCUUCAACGCCAUUCUGGAAAGUUCUAGGUAGUUUCUUUUCAUUUCCGAAAAGACGAAACAACCAACUUAUCCCCCGCACACAACAAACAUGUAUGUGGUUUGGCUCAAUGGCAUGGAAGCAACGAGCAUGAGCAACAUGAUCGCGUGCGCCCAGCUUUGACCCUGAUGUGACGUCAGAAUAAAAUUCAUUUCUUUGUGUAUUAUACACAAUUAGAAUUUUUUUUACAUGCAAUUUGUUGUAGUUAUUGACAAACUAUUUACUCAAAAAAAUGUGAGUAUCUUUUAAUUGUAUUUAUUUAUUUAUUUGCUUCUGAAGUUUUUCUGCAGCCCAGUUCGGCCCCGCCCACGUCGACCCCUAUAUCUUCAAAGUGUUACAAUCAUUAGACAAAUUGUCAAAUACUUAUGGACAGUUAGAUGCUAAGGCUCACACAUGUCCCUGCAAAGAUGUUUUGCUUGAUGGCGGCCAUGUUUUGCAACCAAUCUUGCUCACAUUUUACAGACAAGUUCUUGUCAGUCCCCUAAAGGUGUGUGCCAAAUUUGGUGGAGAUUCGGCUAAACACCCUAAACUUACUGUGGGUGUUUUGUAGCGCAGCACAUUGAUCUGUGGGAUACAUUUCAAGGUGAUUUAUGGGGGUCAAACUUUGGGGUUUAAAAACGCCACUAUGCGGCGUAUUUGUCAGAAACAAUAAAAACACAGGGUAGUAGUAGUAGGGGUGCAUGUUUUGAUGAAGCUUCAACCUUCUGUAUGCGGCACUCCAGGAGUAGAAUACUUACUAUUUUUGUACAAUUUUUUUUUCCACAUGACUAAAACAGAUAACCAAAAUACAGUACAACCUCGGUUAACAGCAUUAAUCCAUCCCAGGUCAGAUGAAACCCACAAUGUACCCUAACUGAAUCACCUUUUCGCAUAAGAAAUAAUGCAAGUCGAAUGAAUCACAUCUAAUUAACACACAAAAAUGUUGACACAAAACGCUAUUUAUCUUAAACAAUUAGUUUUACAUGCAGAAAACCAUUCAAAAUGCAUAUAAAUGACGAAUGAAAGGGAUAAAUGAACACUGAACAUCACUUUUACCUUGAUUGAGGACUUCAUUGUUGACAAAGAUGGCGAUGACGAGCAGCGAGGGAGGAGGAGAAGAGAGCUCCACAUGGAUUACACCGUCAUACUUUGCUAUGAGUUAUUUUUUGGAUUCAGUAAUGUUUCUCACCCUCGUCAUCUAAAUGCUGGCACUCCCUUGUGGGUUAUUUUGCAGCCGUUUUCAAUAAAAAACUUGAGAGAGACUUGUGCCGUAACUGCUUUGGCAAACUCCAAAGUCAACCACUGAUGAUCAGACAGGCAACGGAGCGAGGGGACAAUAACUUCUGGUUCCCGUUUCCAUUUUGAGAGCAUGCUAACAGGCUUCAAACAGGCACGUUUUGUAAUAAUAAGUUACAAACACAGUGUGUUAAUAACACGACAAGGCGUGUGCCAUAUUGGCUGAGGCAAAAUGUUUGCAGAAAUUUUCAACAUAAACAGAAAAAUACGCUAACCGGGGCGUACGCAUCUAGUAUUUUGGUUACCUGAGUUAGCCACAUCAGAAACAGCUCUCAGUAUGAUGCAAACAGCCAUAAUAAUACAUGUAUUGUUAAAUGAAUACCACUCUCUCAAAACAGAGCAUUCUUAUUUUUUAUAAAGGCAAAGGUGUACCUAAUGGUGCAGCGUGUUUUGUUUUAAAGAAAGCAUCUUUUCAUGUGUGUUUUCAUGUGCACAGUGAGCCUCACACAUUGUUGUGCCUCCCAUCUUCCUGUUACAUUCCAAUUCUUCCAAUUGUACUCCCUCCCUCCCGCUCUCUCUUACCUCUCAUGCCGCUCUAACCACACGCACACACACACACACACACAAACACACACUCCGCUAUGCCUCACAGUCAUCGCUGUGUUUUCAAAGGCUCUGAGUGUGUCCACACCUCCUGUCUUCUACCUUUCUUGCCCUGGUGCUGAGGAGCCGCCCGCAAAUCACCCGUCGAGGGGAGAGGCAGCUGAGCUGAUCAGAGGAGGGGGGAAUUUAAAAAGAGAGAGAGGGAAAAAAAAAAAAAAGGAGACGGGAGAAGCACGCGGGCAGGAGGAAGGAUGCUCUCCCUGCUGCAGCUUUUGAUUCGAUUAGCAUGAAUUUCACAGCAAAUGCAGCAGUUGCCGCAGCUCGCCUCGGAGCUCCAGCGAGAGGACCAGCAGCCUCCGCUCGUCUGGAGGGCUGAAGCAGUAGGAGGGCACAAACAAGAGGAAUUACACCCUCAGCCAGUGGAAGGACGGAGCUUCGUCCCAAGUCUCAGGAUUGUUGCUCUGGUGAUGCUUUAAUCCGCUUCUUUUUUUUUGGUACUGCUGAGCGUUCCAUUACUAAUAUUGAUUUAUUUGUCUUGGGGGGGGGGAAAGGACCGCACACGGAGGUAGCCAACCAUUUUGUCCUGCUUUUGUUGAAUUUAUUUAUCUCACUGCUAAAGCCCGGACUGCUUCUCAGCUUCAUUUGGAUGUCUUGCUGGUUCUCUUCACCUCUGCCGUUGCAGCCUGGCAGUCCAGUGUGUUCUGCCAUCAUCCAGCUCUUCGUUCAUUCACCUGCAAACAAAAAGUUCUAACAGGAUGGCUGGAGUGUUUCUCCUCAUCACAGAGGCUUGAGUCGUGGGAGGAGGAGACACAUCAAAUCCGUAGCCAAAUAAUUGACCCCAUGUAGGCAAGAUCUUUGGGGAAGGGGAUAAAAUGGAGUUAAAUCAUUGCUAAGAAAAGGUGGGAUUUUAUUUGAAAGUUCAUCAGAAGGCGACUUGCUUUGGUUCUCGAGGAUACAACAUUUGGAUACCAAUACAAGACUGUCGCAGGAUUUGGAGGUUCUUUUUUUUUCAGGAAGGAUUUUUUUUUUUUUUUCACAUAAUUUUUGUUGGAUCCUUUUCAUUUCCUUGGUUGUCAAUCAGUAUUUUAUUUUUAUUCCCCUCCCUGCUUGGGCUUAAGAGCAGGGGAUGAUGGGCACUGGAUUCCUUUGAGAUGUUCUUUCCCAGUUUGUGUCGUCAACGAGGGAGGGGCCUCCUCUUCUUCACAGGCCCCGCCCUCAUGGAGCAGGAGAUGGAAGUGGAGGUGGACGGAGGGCUCCUGGUGGUGGCCAGGCCCGUGGCAGCUUCGCCCGUGGUCUGGGCCAGUCCGGCAUUCCUGCUGCGGCUGGUACUCUCGCUGGCCCUUCUGGUGCUCCCGUGCCCAGCCGUGGCCGCAAGAGUCUCCUCGUCCCUCAGCACCACCCACCAUGUCCACCACUUCCACAACAAGCAUGGCACUGUGCCCAUUGCCAUCAACCGGAUGCCCUUUCUGACACGUGGGGGCCAUGCUGGGACAACAUACAUCUUCGGCAGAGGCGGAGCCCUCAUCACGUACACGUGGCCGCCCAACGACCGGCCGAGCACGCGGGCAGACCGGCUGGCGGUGGGCUUCAGCACGCAGCUGAAGGAGGCCAUCUUGGUCAGGGUGGAGAGCGCCAAAGGACUGGGCGACUACCUGGAGCUGCACAUAGAGAGGGGAAGGAUCGGUGUCAUCUUCAAUGUGGGAACGGACGACAUCACCAUCGAGGAGAGCGCGGUGAUGGUGAGCGACGGCAAAUACCACGUGGUGCGAUUUACACGCAGUGGCGGCAAUGCCACGCUGCAGGUGGACAACCAACCCGUCAUUGAGCGGUUCCCCUCAGGCCGCCAGCUGACCAUCUUCAACAGCCAGGCAUUCAUCAAAAUCGGGGGUGGGGAGAAGGGGCGCCAUUUCCAGGGCCAGGUCUCGGGCCUGUAUUACAAUGGCCUGCAGGUGCUCAAGCUGGCCUCCGAGGGCGACCCCAAUGUGCAGACACAGGGAAACCUGCGGCUGGUGGGUGACGUGCCCUCGGUGCUCGCCACCGACACCACCUCCACCACCCCACUGGCUGACAUGUCCACCACCAUCAUGGAGACCACCACCACCAUGGCCACCACCACCACCCGCAAACAGCGCUCGCCCACCAUCAGGGACAGUGUCACGCAGAAUGCGGAUGAAAUUUUGGUAGCAUCCGCCGAAUGUCCAAGUGAUGAUGAAGACUUGGAGGAGUGUGAGCCUGGAAAUGGAGGUGAAAUAGUGUUGCCCAUUAUAACAGUGGACUCGCUAGACCCCCCCUCCAUCGCCACCCGCUACCCAGUAAUGCCCCCACCCCCCACCACUUACCGCCCCUUCCUCACCUUACUCGAAACCACCAAAGAGUCCCUCCCCUUGCCCAACAUCCGGCCCCCCUGCCCCUUGGACCAAGAGGACUGUGAGGAAAAUAUUGAGGUGUCGACGUACGGCUCGGGGGAGAUGACCGAGUCUGACGACGAGGAUUAUUACAAAAACUCCCCCCUGGUCACAGACAGGACCGUCCUCCCACCUCCCCCGGCUGUCGAGGGCCAAAGCCCCCAAGACCGCCAUUUCUCGCGCUUCCCUUACGACCACCGCUCACCCGUGUCCUCCACCCCCACGGCCGACCCCGACCAGCUCAGCCCUCGCGUCAAGGUGGCAGCUGGCGGCAGCAGCAGUAGCAACAACAUCCCAGCAGGAAAAAUGAACACCCGGGAUCAAGUGCUGCUGCCGCCAGCCCACCCCUCAUCAGACCCCGGCCACCGUAGAGUCCCUGGAAUAACCUACCCUCCCAAUUUCCCCCAUGUUCCCACUCCAGAUCCCACAUCUCCUGAGAGAGGCCUGCCGGGUGCCGUGGAGGUGCAGCAGUCGAGCAGCACCACGGGGAUGGUGGUCGGCAUCGUAGCGGCCGCCGCCCUCUGUAUCCUCAUCCUGCUCUAUGCCAUGUACAAGUACCGCAACCGCGACGAGGGCUCCUACCAGGUGGACCAAAGCCGCAACUAUAUCAGCAACUCGGCCACACAGAGCAAUGGGACGCUGGUGAAGGAGAAGGCGCCGAGCGCCGGCAAGACGGUCCCCAAGAACAAGAAGAACAAAGACAAGGAGUAUUACGUCUGAGGGGAGUGCCUCCAUGACACACAGAGGCAGGCCGCGUUUGAGAGAGCGAGAGGGAAAGAGGCGGGAAAGGGCAGACAUUGGAAAAGCUGAGCCCGACCUUACAGAGGCAGACUAACUUGUUUGGACCUCACGUCUCAACACCUUCCCGUGCCAACAAGCAAAUCAUGACCUGCUGAUCAGGUUGCAGUACUGUAAAGAAGCACCCUCAGUAUUUGCGCCACCCAUCAGAAACCACCGACAGUAUCCAACGCCGCCAUCUUGGGGAGGUGCCGUCGUCCUCGGCCAUUUCUCGCUCUCUCUCGCUCUCUCUCGCUUGCUCGCUCUUGUGGCUCUCUCGCCAUGUCAGCUGAUGAACUCUGCCGUGUUUCAAGCAUGUAGUAUUCAUCGACGACAAAGACACAAAUGUUUUUUCUUUCCGUGGAAUUCAGAGAAACUUUAAAACAUAAAAAAAUUAAAAAAACGUAGCAAUUUAUGUGAAAUACUACCACCAACCGCUCCGGUCUAACAGAUGCUGACUGUCAGGCGUCGGGGCCAAACCGUCCUCGGUCGUCUCUGUCAUGUGUUUCUGGUGCUCGGAGGUUGGGCCGGCAGAGAAACUCUCCCUGCAGCUACAACCAGAAAAAAAGCUCCAGCCAAGCAGAGGAACUCUGUUCUUUAUGACGCUAAAUAUAUGUAUAGACAGUGACCUACAUUGCUGGGAAAUGGAGAGUUUGCCAAUGCAGUGUAGCUAGCACACACCUUUUUUCGACGUCAGCACCGUUGGAAGAGUAAGGCCUUUGUGACUGUCUUCGCUCUGAGAAAUGAGAGACUUUUAAUGGGAAUUCUAGGGGUUCUUCUAGCUGGGGCUCCACUGUGGAAAGUGAGGCUCAAAGGGCCUCUGUGGAGCCUGGCUGCAGGACCAGUGGCAGCGAUACACGUAUAUACACAGGAAGACAGAAAGAACGCUAGUGUUCCAAUUUUCUUGGCUCUAUUAAAAGAAAAAAAACUGUACCAUGAUAAGAAAAAAAAAUGCCGAAAAAGUUUGUGAAAUGUCUAAAUAUUUGCCAUCACGAGAAACGUGUCCCCAAACACCCCAGUCCACCCCCGGCAGUCAUUCCUGCUGAAAAAUGUCCACAUUCCUGAGCAAUGGCAAAAAUAUUUUGUUUGUCAUCGUUUUUAUUUUGGUAAAUUGCCCGUUGUAUUCAUUUUUUCUAUGUUUACUUUUUCAUCUCGCUCGCUCCUUUUCUCUCUGUAUGGCAGAUUCUGUGUCCCUUCAUCCAUCCUACUAUUUUUUCAUUCGAGCAAGGGUGUCCAAAGUCUGUCCAUAAUUGAAGAAUGCAGGAGGUCCACUUUGAUACAUUUUGUACAUGAAAGAUGCUAAAAACAAUCCAUUGUAGGUCAAUAUUUGCUAAGCUAUCCGGACAAAAUAUUUUAGCUUUGUGUUAUAGGCGAUAAAGCAAUUUAGUGUAAUUUCCAAAAGUAUAUCUCAUUAAUCACAACUUUAAUUUCAUUUUUACAAUAUGCCGGAUGGUCCAUAAAAAAAUGAGCUGUGGGCCAAAAAUGGUCGUCCAGUCGCACUUUGGACACCUUUGCUUAAUUGCUAUUUCCGUGUGUGUUACUCCAUCACUCUGCUGCCACAUUUUUGUGUUUUGUUUCUCAUUAUGCACCCCUCCCCCACCAUCACCCUGGCAUACACCUCCCAGUAUCUCCCUGUUCUUUCUAAAUGUUAUUGUAAAGUGUUCCAGUGAGAUGACUCUAAAUAUGUGUACAUUAACAGAGGGAAUACACUUGGUUAUAUAACUUCUUA